UUUGAACUCCUAGGCGAUCGCAGCAGACGUGGGAGUGGGUACCUGUCUGCAGUCUUUGGUCAUCUCCUGUACUAUGUCUGCAGUCUCUGGUCAUCUCUUGUAGUAUGUCCACAGUCUCUGGUCAUCUCAUGUACUAUGUUCGCAGUCUCUGGUCAACUCCUGUACUAUGCCCGCAGUCUCUGGUCAUCUCCUGUACUAUGUCUGCAGUCUCUGGUCAUCUCAUGCACUAUGUCCGCAGUCUCUGGUCUCUAUGUCCGUCUGGUCACUCCUGUACUAUGUCCGCAGUCUCAGUCUUUUGGUCAUCUCCUGUACUAUGUCUGCAGUCUCUGGUCAUCUCCUGUCAUCUCCUGUACUAUGUCCGCAGUCUCUGGUCAUCUCCUGUACUAUGUCCGCACUCUCUGCUCAUCUCCU